CAGUUAGGGGUUGCUGACUUCCUUGUUUGCUCUGUAUACUGCCUAUGUUACCUGUUGUCAUUGUAGACUCACCUGUAGCCUCGCCAGGUGGGAAGAAGAGACAGAGUUAAGGAGAAACGAGAGAUAGUUUUAGGACAAAAGGUAGAGGUGAAGUAAGAUGGGUAGGAGGUUUUGACAACAAGCGUGAAAAGAGAAGAGUAACAAAAGAAGCUACCAACCUCAUCAUCUCCCAUCAUGUCUUUGUCCAAGCCAGAGGAGCAGCUAGCCUACGAACUGAGCUGCCCAAUCUGCCUUCAGCUCUACUCUGAUCCCGUGGUUCUCCCCUGUGGCCACAACUACUGUCGAGUCUGUAUCUGCAAGACUGUUGACACUACUGACAAGAGGGACAAAACACUUCCACGUUGCCCAGAGUGCCGCGAGGAGUAUCAGGGUGUGGAUUCCCUGCAGAAAAACUUCAAACUCUGCGGCAUCAUCGAGGGUUACCAAGCCACCACACUGCAGCUGGACAAACAGCCUGAGACUCAGCCUGAAAGCAUGGAGGUUUUCUGCGACCACUGUAUAGAUGAGCAGUCACUGGCUGUGAAGACCUGCCUGAAGUGUGAGGUGUCGCUGUGUUCCAGGCACCUUCAGAGACACCACGAGAAGGAGUCGUUCAGGGCACACACUGUGGUGGAGCCCUUGAAACAGCUGGGGAUGAAAGGCUGUGCCAUCCACCAGCAUCCCUUUGAGUACUUUUGUUCUAACGACAUGACCUUACUGUGCACCACAUGUUUCAUAGAAGGCCUUCACCAGAACCAUGAUGUUCUCACCUUCAGUGUAGCCGAAGAGGAGAUGAGGCGAGCACUGGAGAGCCGCAGCAAGGUGGUUUCCUACAGGCUGCAGAUGACAGAGAGUCUUCUACAGAUGACAGCAGAGGAGCAAGGAGCUUCUGAAGCUAUAGCAGACACACUGGUCAACAAGGCUGUCACUCUCAUGGACAGUAUGGCUGCACUAAUGAACAGGUACAGAGAGUGUCUGCAUGUGCUAUUGGAAGAGGAGAGAGGCCAGCACAGAAAAAUCUGGCAGCUCGGAUUGAGUGCACUCGAAGAGCAACAGCAGCAGUUACUGGAGGCCCAGCAAAGUGCCACACAUGCCCUCAGUGAGACAGACACAUGCAUCUUCAUACACAGGUUCAUGCUGAUUGAACAUAAGCUGAGAGAAGUUGUCACAGGCACCAUUCCCUCCAAGAUACCCUCGAAGGCUCCACUCAACACUAAGCGUCUCCAGGCAGGCCUCAAAACCCAAGACUUCCGCUCAGAAAUGACCGGGCUCCUGGAUUCCCUACAUGUCCUCCUCAACCCCCUGGACCUGACAUUCAACCUCUGCACUGCCCACGCCAGCCUGAUAGUCUCCAGUGAUCUGCGCACAGUAAAGUACAGCCCCACCAAGCAGCCAUAUGUGGAGCACCCAGAGCGUUUUACAAGCGCACCCCAGGUUCUGUGCAGCCAGGGAUUCUCGGGUGGUGAGCACGUAUGGGUGGUAGAGGUGGGGGUCAACAGCAUGUGGUCGCUGGGUGUGUGUUACAAGAGUAUCCCUCGCCGUGGUGACCACAGUCGUCUGGGACACAACUCUGUGUCCUGGCGAUUGCAGUGGAAAAAUGGCAAGCUGACAGUGUGCCAGUCCUCCUGCAAUGAGGCUCUGGGGAAAGUGACCAAUCAUCCGCUGAAGAUUGAGAUAGCGCUGGACUAUGAAGGGGGGACAUUAAUGUUCCACAGCACCAAAGGGCGCAGGGAGCAUCUCCACACCUUCAGGGCUGUGUUUAAGGAGCCGGUUUACCCAGCAUUCAGUAUUCAUUCAAACACAACAGAGUCCUGGAUCACACUGCACAGUGGGAUAUGAACACAACUUCUAUUAUUUAAUAUUUCCCAAACAUAGAAUUUAUGUGGAUGUUCAAGCAAGUAAACUGGCCUACAACUAAGAUUUUUCUUUGUACUUUUGUAUUUGUUGCUUUCUUUUAAAAGUCCGUAUGGUAUAAGUGCAGAGUGAUUAAAGAUUUUGCCAAAAUUGUGCAUUCAUGUGUAAUUGUAGUAGGAAAAUAACUUCUCUACUCAGUAUUUAGCUUGGAAAUGUACUGUGAUGUUGUUUUGCAGCUGUCAAGUCCCACAGUUCAGGAGUUUGGCUACCACAAAUACAUUUUCAACUGCUGGGAAACAAUACUUCAUUGUGCAAAGAUAUAAUACAAAAGUUGCUAUCUAGCAUGACUGCAUUACGUAACUUGGAGCAUUUUAAUCACAUGAUAGUUUGUUUACAAAAACUAAGUUUUAUAUUCAUGAUUAGGGUGUUUUUUGUCGAGUACAUAGAUCAAUACAUGUGUUAUGUAUAAGAGAAUUUUGUGGGAUUUUUCUUUUCUUUUUAUCAUUUGUCCAUCUGAGACACUAAGAUUUAGCAUGUUUCCAUUUGUCUGUUUAUUGAAAAUUAACUGAAUGUCUCUUGAAUGUUUUGUGUUUGCCUUUUAUUUUCUUUAUAUACAGUAAACAUUGAUGUGUGUGAAUAUUGACAUUUAGGCUGAAUAUGAGGCAUGCUUGUGUUUAUGCUACAAAUAAACUCUGAUGAUAAUG